AUGUCGUCCAAUUCUUCUGUCUACACGACAAUGUCAAAGUCAAAAGGCAAAAUGUUUACCCUCCAUCGUCGCCAAUCUGCGUUGAAUUUGCCGUUACAGACUACCCGAGACUGUAACACAAGUGUCGGGAUGCAACCAACUCUCUUAGAGCUAGACGAGCUCAAAGAGGUUAAGACGUCACAACGAGAAUUAUUGCCAACAGCUGAAAGGUUUGGCGUCAAAUUCAACUCUACAAGUCAGAGCGCUCCCGACCGACAAAUUUCGCGCGAUGUAAAUCCAGAGAAAUGCGGUAGUCCGACAAUCAGCAGUCGCGGUCAGCAAAUGUUUGAUUCUCUACGUAGUCGACAUGGCUCUGUGAACCAUCUACGUACACUGUCACGAGACUUUCUGCUGCAUUCACUGCCCACUUCAUCUAUUCGACAUGAAAAUCUAACGAGUCUCAAGGACCAAUUCCUCAAGAUAAAGGAACGCUUUUCUUUGUCGGUCUUGCCCUUGCCAAACACAACUGUCGCGAUCGAAACAUCUUCCGGUCUGGAUGAUGUAUCAGCGACUUGUUUUUCUGUACCAUUGACUAGUGAUCAGACAUUGUGUGAGCCUCUAUUUAAAGAUUUAGACUCGAGCUGGGAACACUCACAAGCACACGUAAGACGCUGGUUUCGCGAGGAUAACUGCUAUAAGGCUUCUAUCACAUGCUGGACCAUGGAAGUUGGGGCAUCUAUUGUAUCAAAGGUCGCUCGGAUCGUAUCGGAAUGGGCAGAAAACAUGUCAAACAAUCACAUGCUUCCCGCUUUUGACAACUCUAACUUCAUGAACCCUGAUGUGUCAUUACAAUGGAUUGGUCAACAAUUAUGGGCUGUAACAAUAUCACUACCUCUUUCACGCUCCAACGAGCUUCACGCUGAGCAAAUAACACUUGCCUACUGGAUAAAUCAAAUGGUUGCCGACGAAUCCAAGCAAGCGAGUACUCAGACUUUCUCCUUGCCAUCUAAUUUGUCUUGUGAGCCACGGUCUAUAAAAACUCAAGUCGACGUGAAGCCAACGCAAGCACCGCCGAUGAAAGUUAUUAUUGAACCUGAUGGAGAAAAUGCAGAACCGGACGAGACAGACGCUAGCCCUUUUAGCACAUUAGCAGCGGAAGAUAUUGAUAUUUUGCGUCUUCAACAAGCGCAAAUGGCUGAUAAUGAGGAAAUUGAAAACGAAUAUGCUAGAAGAGAAGACGAGGAAUUGGGUGAUCAGUGUCAAAACGAUAACGAGGAAGAAGAAGAGAAUAGUGAUGAACAAGCAUCGGCAUUGCCCCUGUCGUGGUCGAUGCUUUCAUUAUCAUCGCAACGUUCUGGGUCAUCGGAGCACGCAUCAAUACAAGCCGAAUUUGCAAUUGCUGACGAUUGCAAGGAUCCAAUUUCUUACCUGGCUCCCGAAAAAAUUGGCUGGCUCAAAAAGAAGAGACGGAAGCAGCAUGGAAUCGGUAGCUCGUGGCAGCCACGGUACUUUGAGCUAAAAGGGAAUCGACUGUACUAUUUCGCUAGUGAAGCUGAAGGUCUUCCGCGUGGUGCGGUAUUAAUGGAUCACGCACUUGUACAGCGAGGUCGUGGGGAGCAUUCAAUGGUUUUUAGUAUUUCAAGCGCUAGUUCUCACCAACGACUGCAAGUUCUGAAAUUCUCUGCGAGACUUGCACACCAAGUGUUGCCGCGAAAAUCAAUCGAGUUACGCGUCAUUGACGAAACAGACGUAACUGUCAGUACGUGGAUUGCUGCACUUAAUCGUGCAUCAUGUCACUAUAUAAUGGCUUCAUCAACACUACCAGCUCACUACUCUUCAUCGUGUCGACCUUAUUUGACCUUCGACAAGAAGCGCAAAACACCAUUUUACCGAUUUCGAUCAUCAACUAUCACCAAAACACCAUUAGCGGCGUCCUCACUUUCUUCAACUUUAAAUAAUGAAAGACUCGAUGCUGAAAAUAUCGGCCAGGAGAAGUCUAGCACCACGUCGACACGCUGGAUCGCAUCGUAUCAGCAACUCGGUAGCGUACGAUAUCUGCGAGAAACAGAUCCAUUAUUGUGGGAAAUUCAUCCACCCGAUCAAAUCGCGAUUCGCAAAAAAGCUGCUCAAGCUCGAACACGAAGUGAAUACCUUGCGAUUUUUUCUCGUCAUGCUGAUACCUUUUCCCAGAUAUUUUUGCCGAGACCCCAACCAAUUUCUCUCGAGCAAACGCUGCGUGACAUUUUGCCAGAAUUAUUUCUAAUUAAUGGUACACUAUACGGAGGUGGGGAGCAGCUAAAGCAACAGACCGCAGAGUCCAGCAAACACGAUAUCACAGGACAACCAAACUGCGGACUGGAGCAUAUAUUUGAAGUGCUCGACACUUAUAUCCAGCGGUUCGCAGCUGCCCCUGAAGACCGAGUUCGAGCUGUGAGUGCUUUGUUACAGGCUUGUGCACGUACCAUUAGCGGGGGUGACUCGUACUUUGUCGUUCAUCGACUGCUUGGCAACUCAAGUUUGAUUAUACGACCAGCCGAAGCCAGAGGAAGACCUAUUAAAAUCGACGUCUCACCCGACCGCCCAAGUCGCUUCCUAAUCACAGUGUUUAGUGCUUUUUCCUUUCACUUACUUGAUGACGUUGAACGUUUUGGCGAUUCAAACGAUGCACAUGGAUCCGGGACGACACCCGCUCCGUUGCUGCGGGUUUGUACUCGACAUAUCCAGGAAUUUGACUUUGCCGCGGGAACAUCAGCACGAUGGCUGAAAAUCGAUGUAGAAAGUCAGGAAGAAGAUGUCACUAUAGGACGGACUGGAGGCGGAAGUGGGACAUAUGGACGAUGGAGCAGCCGUCGACAGUCCCAAGAUGUCGGUGAAUCUCGGAUCGGGGCAUUGUUGGAUGCAUUGUCAUGA